GCGGAACCCGCUGGCACUAGGGAAAGCUUCCAACACACAAUCCACAACACAGCUUGGGAACUCAAAAGCUACAGAUCUAGCCACUCAACCCCAAGCAUUUCAGAACCGUGUGCAUUCUCUCAGCAUAAGCAAGGAAAGGGGGAAAAGUGCUAGUGCAGAGUACUGAAAGGCAGAAUUUAAAAGUGCAACUACCUGCUGGAAAAGCAGCUCUUUUUCUUCGCCGAAGCACUGCCUUUGAUGAGGUAAAAGCAUUUAAUACAGAAGCUCUGGCAGUGUGAAAUUAAGCUACAGAAAGCCUGGCACUGGAAAACUUCAUCAGAUAACAGGGAGAAAGGUUUAAUUGUAAGAAAUGGAUGCCAAAGGAUUACAAGGAGAUGAUAAACUGAAGAUGCUCGUAAUUUUACUAGCAUAUUUGCUAAGUAGGGUAAUUUGUGAGACUGGAGACUGCAGAGAGCAAGAAUUUAGGGACCAGACUGGAAACUGUAUCCUCUGCAAACAGUGUGGGCCUGGAAUGGAACUCUCAAAGGAAUGCGGCUUUGGAUAUGGGGAGGAUGCACAGUGCAUGACAUGCAGGCCAAACAGAUUCAAGGAAGACUGGGGCUUUCAGAAGUGCAAGCCUUGUCUGGAUUGUGCGUUAGUUAACCGGUUUCAGAAGGCCAACUGUUCUGCCACCAGCAAUGCACUAUGUGGAGAGUGUUUACCGGGAUUUUAUAGAAAGACUAAGCUUGGAGGCUUUCAAGACAUGGAGUGUGUUCCUUGUGGUGAUCCUCCUCCUCCCUAUGAGCCUCACUGUACUACCAGGGUAAAUCUUGUGAAGAUCCCUUCAACUGCUUCCAGUCCCCGAGACACUGCUCUGGCAGCUGUUAUAUGCAGUGCACUUGCAACAGUGCUCUUGGCUCUCCUCAUUCUUUGCGUUAUCUAUUGUAAGAGGCAGUUUAUGGAGAAGAAACCAAGCUGGUCUCUGAGAUCACAAGACAUUCACUACAAUGGCUCUGAAUUAUCAUGUUUUGAUAGACCACGACUAAAUGAAUAUGACCACAGAACAUGUUGCCAGUGCCAAAGAAGCACAUCACAGACAUGUGGACCAGUUCACUUGAUUCCAUCCCUAUGCUGUGAUGAAACCUGUAGCAUGGGUCAUAGCUGUGCUUUCCACUCACAGACAACACUUAAUGAAAGAGCUGCUGAUUCUGUUGGAGAAAUGAUUCCUGCUUUCCUUGGUUCUCUUUCACACUCUGCCUGUGGAGACAUUCCAGAUGCUUGGCCUCUUAUGCAAAACUCAGCUUGUUGUGACAGUAUUUCUAUCUGUGAAUCAUAUUCAGAACUGGCUGGAGGAUCUGCAAAAUCCUGCAGCCCUGAGACUGAAAAUGCAGCCACUGUUGAGUUGGAUAAUAACCAGGAAAUAAGUGAAGUACUUAUUUCAGCUAAGUCUCUUGAUGGAAAUGUUGCAAAGUCCUUUGAAAUCUCCAAACACAGCACAUGCAUAGAAGUUUCAUCACUUCAGAACUUGGUGACUGCUGAAACCCAGCCAAAGACAAAGUGUAAUGGAACAACAAAUGACUCUACAGAUUGAUAAAGAGGAACUCAAGCUUUUUCUCUCAGAACUAAAGCUGAAUGCUUCCCUUAUGCUCCUCUGCUGAUUUUCAUCAAACAUAGUCUGGUCUUCAGUGUUGCAUGCUUUCAAAACCAGCUGGAAAAAAAAUGGCAUCACUUCACACCUUCUGAGCAGUUGUAUUGGAGGUGUAAUAGCUGUAAAGUGAAACUUCAAAGAGCAUCCCAGGAGAACCCUCAAAGUGGAUUUAUGACCUUUUGCAUCUCUUCUUUUCCCUCAGAUUCUCAAAACAUGUAGUGGAGUGAGCUUACUAGUGUAUGUAAAUACAGCAAAAAAUAUAAAUACUUGAGUGUGAUUAGGUGGGUCUCUUAAAUAUGGCUACAUAUGUCAGAAGGUGUGGGACAAGAUGUUGCCAGUUAUUCUGCUUGCAGAUUUAUGCAUGCAUUAAAAUUCUUUUCUCUGCUGGUUCUAAUUUUAAAUCAUUUUCCUGCUAUUGAAGGACGUAAAAAAUAAACAUUUCGAUUUAUGCAAGGAUCAUCUAUUGAUAAACUGAAGCUUUUAUUAUAUAUUACAUUAUAGUCAAUAAGCUAGUUUGGGGAGUUAAAGAAUUAGCGUGUUACGGUAUGUACGGUUAAAGUCCCCUUCAUCCAGUUAUUACAUUUAUGGGAGGUCACAUUGUUCUGUUAAAUAUAGCAGGAGAUUAUCUUUAAAUUAGUUUUAGUUUAAUGAAGGUCAGACAUAUAGAUAGGGAUGCUGUGUUUAAUUGGUAGUCUCAGUAUUUGAAUACAGCACUUGUUGUUAUAGCACGUAAUUUUUGGAUGUUGAAAUAAAUGUAAUCAACUGUCACAUCAAAAUUUCCAACUAUAGCAGGUGUGCCAUGGAAGUAUUAAUACAGUGAGACUGUUAAUAAGAUUUUUUUAUUAAUGCAUUCUUUUUAAAGGUCGAGCUUCAUGGUGACCUAAUUCGUUCAUUUAAGGAGUCCUUGUUUCAUUCAUGGCACUCUGUCCUUCUCACUGUAGUGUUGUGUCAAUUCAAAUUUUACACACUAAAUA